AUGUCGAAGCUGCUGCUGACGGGAGACGCAGAGGUGCCGCAAUCCACAGCCGACUUCGAGACCACCCUGAUGACAGAGGCGAUGUACAGCUUGUAUCUGAUGAGCCGAGACUCUCAGCUCCCUCCGACCGCCGUCUCAAAGCUGCUGGAUGCACCCCCAGGGCUGACGAAGCAGGUCAGCUGCGAUUCGAAGGACGGGGCUCCACCCGGACUUCGCCCUGCCUCGCUUUCGGAAGCUGAAACUUGCAGCACGAUCUCCUGCGGUGGAGAUGGCUCCUCUGAGCACGAGGCAUCAAGCGAACAUGACCAUCAUGACUGGCAAGGUUACGGCUGUACCGAGGGCAUGCCGCUUGAUGCCUUCGCCGACCCCUUCGCAAACUGCUGGCAGCGGAUGACGGCUCCCUUGAGCGAGGAUCUCUUGGGCCUGCUCUCCUCGAGACGGGGGAAGCAGCGCCUCCGAGCGCUGCAGACCCAGAGCGGUGCCCACGCCGAGCUGGACUUGCGAUGGCGGGCGUUGCACCUUUGUGGCACACACCAUGCCAUCCUGAAUGCCCUGGCCCUCUUGGAGCUCAUGGAAGGCUUCACCGUGAAGUUGCCCUCGGCGCUGUGGACGGAACUCCUUCGCUGCAGGAACCUCGGGGUUGAUGAAGCUCCGAUGUCACUGGCACGGAUCCAGGAAAUUCUUGGCCGUCGUGUGCAUGUGGAACGCGAGACAUUUGCACUUCGUGUCUUCGCCCCCCUGGCCGAAAGGGCAGCGACUGCCGAGGCUGUGCAGGCGCUUGCGUCUAUGUGCACCAAGCAAACGAUCGAACUGCCGGCUGACUGCGAUUGGAAUAUCAUCAAGGAGCUGCAGACAUCGGAGAAAGUGACAAUGAAGGUGGAAGGGAACCGGGUGGAGUUGAUUGGCAUCGUGGCGGCUGUGGAGCAAGCGACAAAGGAUCUGAAGAAGCGACUUGACUCCGGUGCCGUGGAGACAACGGAAGAGGCAAAGCCGAUGCUGCUGGGAGCUUCACUGAACAAGCCCAAGGCCGAUGACACGCAGUGGUGUGGGAGAGAUGAGACACCAAAGAUGGUGUCGCUUAUGAGGCCACCCCCUGGUUUGACGCACCCAGAGGCCCAGGUGCAUGACGACUUUCUUCAACACCGUCAUGUGCAGGCGAAACCCAGCAGCGGUUGUGGUGCGGACGCCUUCAAGGACCAGAUCUGCUACGUCAGCGCUGACAACUGUACAGAGCUGUGCUUCUGCUGA